CAAUUAGGUCCGACGAGAAAUAAACUACGGUCCUGCAGUGUACGGUUUGAGGUUAUAACUACGCAGGUUGAUCCGCACUUUGUUAUUGAUGACGUACAAUAUUUGCCGAAGGACUUACCUUGAUAACAUGUUCACAAACUAAUGUGCCACAGACAUUGCCUAACAAAAAAAUGACAUUAGUAUCCAUAACCAGAGCUCUUUUGAGCCUAGACCGAGCAGUGGCGCUGCGUUGCAGUUCAUCGCUCCUUCCCGUCCCGAGGACAGCCCCCUGGCUCCCGCGGGGGCUUUGCACCGCCACGCCCACCCCAGACGGCGACCACCUCCACGGCAAGCAGAAGACUUCGGCUGGCUCCGAAAACGUGUCUCUGCUGGAGAACCUGAGCCUGCUGGGCGUGGACCUGAAGAAGGCUCGCCAGCGCCAGCCGGGCGUGCUGCGCAAGCUGCUGACCAACGAGCAGGGCGUGGCCGGCUUCCUGCAGGCCAAGGGCGCCAGCCGCCAGGUGAUCGCCGGCAUCAUCUCGCGGUACCCCCGGGCCAUCACGCGCUCCCUGGACCACCUGGAGCAGCGCUGGGCGCUUUGGCGCCGCGUGUUCGCCAGCGACUCGGAGGUGGUGGACAUCCUGCACCGCUCGCCCGAGUCGUUCUUCCGCUCCAGCGACAACGAGAACCUGGAGAAGAACAUCGUCUUCCUGUCCUCGCUGGGCUUCGACGCCAAGGCGCUGCACCGGCUGCUGACCACGGCGCCGCGCACCUUCUCCAACAGCGCCGAGCUCAACCGGCAGAUGGUGGAGCUGCUGGAGGACGUGGGCUCGGAGCUGGGCCUGACGCACCGCUCGGAGCCCACGCCCGAGGGCUUCGCCAAGGCGGUGAUCAGCAGGAACGUGUACGUGCUGAUCCGCAGCACCAAGCGGGUGCGGAGGAACGUGGAGGUGCUGCGGGCGUCCCUGCGGCUGGACGACGCCGAGCUGCUGGCCCUGCUGCAGGGACCCGGCGCGGAGAUCCUGGACCUGUCCAACGAGUACCUCGGCAAGAACUUCAGGAGCCUCCGGGAGAAGAUGGCGUCGCUGGGCUGCGGGCGGGCCGACGUGAAGCGGCUGGUGGUGGCCUACCCCAUGGUGCUGUACAUCAGCUCGGAGAACCUGAGCGGCAAGCUGGACGCCCUGCUGAGGGGCGGGGUCAGCAUACAGCAGGUGGUGGACAAGCCCAAGGUGCUGGACUACAGCACGCAGAACAUCGCGGGGCGCAUCGAGGAGCUGCAGAGGGUGGGCUACGAGUUCCAGAGGCACGGCAUCGCCAUCCUGGACACGAGUCGCAAGAGGUUCGACGCAAAGAUGCUGAAGCUCAGUGCUGCGCUGCCGCCGUCGGCGCCGCCACAGGAAGGGGGAGGAUGAUCUGUGAGCUGCAGGGAGAAUGUUAUUGUUAUUAUGACUGAAGGAUGGAUGUUUGUUGAGUUUUAUUGUUCAGCAGGUUUUAAAAUGUGAAUUUUGAUGCGCACUACUUCUCCAAAUUGUUGUGUUAUUUUCUCUGAAUGUUUCCGAGAUAUUUUCUAUAGAUUGUAUAAUCUGCUUUCAACAUAAAAUAUGAAAUAAUGGACUUUUUGAAAUGUUAUUUUAGUUGAUCAAAGACCAUAAAAAGAUGCUGAACACCA